AUGCAAGCUAUCCACAAUGAAACCGGUGGAUUUUUUUUUUUCAUCUACGGCCAUGGUGGAACUGGGAAGACUCAUCUUUACAAGGCAAUUUUGGCUGCUGUCAAAUCCCAAGAAAAAAUUGCUCUUGCUACUGCAACAUCAAGAAUUGCUGCUUUGUUACUUCCUGGAGGUAGAACUGCUCACUCACGAUUUCAUAUACCAAUUAAUAUUUCUGAUGAAUCUACAUGUGAAAUUAAACAAGGAACACAAGUAGCUGAACUUUUGUUGAAAACAAGUGUUAUUUUAUGGGAUGAGGCACCUAUGGCACAUAGAAAUUGUUUAGAGACACUUGAUCGCUCUCUUCGUGAUAUUUUACGUAUCCAAAAUCCUAAUUGUGCUAACAAACCAUUUGGAGGAAAGGUUGUGGUAUUAGGGGGAGAUUUUCGACAAAUACUACCGGUUGUCAAAAAGAAUAGAUUAAACAAUUCAGAAUAUGCAUCAAUGAUGAAUUUCAGUGAGUGGAUUUUGAAGAUUGGAAAUGGUGAAAUGGGCAAAGGAGAUGGAGAGAAUUCAAUUACUAUUCCAGCUGACUUAAUUAUCAAACAUACUAGAAAUCCAAUGGAAGAUAUUGUAAGAAGCACAUAUCUUGAUUUACAAACGAAAAUCACAGAUCAUAGUUACUUACAAGAGAGAGCUAUACUUGCACCAACUAAUGAAGUUGUUGAAGAACUUAAUGAUUAUGUAGUAUCAUGUUUACAUGGUGAAGAGCAAACAUAUUUAAGUUCAGAUUCCAUAUGCAAAGCUUCCUCCAAUAUUGCUGACCAAGACAUUUUGUAUACUGGUGAAUUCUUGAACACAUUAAGAUUUCCUGGAUUGCCAAAUCAUAAAUUAAAGUUGAAAUUAGGCUUGCCUAUCAUGUUGCUUCGAAAUCUAAACCAAAAUGUAGAUCUUUGCAAUGGAACAAGAUUAGUUAUUACUAAAUUGGGUACAUGGGUCAUAGAAGCAAAGAUCAUUACCGGUACCAAUAUUGGAGCACAUGUUUUUAUUCCAAGAAUCACAUUGUCUCCAACUGAGUCAAAAUGGCCAUUCCUCUUGAAGAGACAACAGUUCCCAAUUUCAGUAUGUUUUGCAAUGACAAUUAAUAAGAGCCAAGGUAAAUCUCUGAAACAUGUUGGUGUGUAUCUCCCAAAUCUGGUUUUCAACCAUGGACAAUUAUAUGUUGCAGUAUCUAGAGUUACGAGCAGAGAUGGCCUGAAGUUCCUCAUCAUCAACAAUGAAAUCAAAGAAGAGUCGAAUACAAAAAAUAUUGUCUACAAAGAAGUAUUCAUAGGCCUUUCUUAA